UGCACAGGAAAAGCAAAUUUAUUGUAGCGUUUCCCAUUUUCUUUGCCUGGUGAUCACUAAGGAAAAAAAACACUUCAUGGUAUUACAGAAAUAGCAAUAAAUUACAAGGCAGACGAGAGGAAAACAAGUCAGGCCUUCCGUGAAACAGGUAAGGAGGACGAGUGAGGAAAGCUGUAGUUGAGACUCUGGAAGGUUGAAAGAUGGAAUCUGUAGGGCAGGGUUCUGAACUGCAAUGUGUGCACAUUAAAGACGAGGUCCCCGAGUAUGAACUGGUCAAAAUUAAGGAAGAAGAAGACGACGACGACGUGGGGGAGACCCGGCAUGUCUGUAAUGGCUGUGGGAAGAGUUUCUAUGAAUUAGCAAUGCUGGAUAUUCACAAGCUGACACACGGUACAAACACCCCCUACCAGUGUUCAGAAUGCAAGGAGAGCUUCAGUCACCUGGGGAGCUUAAAAAAACACCAGAGAGCUCACACAACGCAGAAGACGCAGGUGCACAUCUGCACGCAAUGUGGGAAGAGCUUCAGUCAGUACUGGUACCUCAGAGAGCACUGGCGGAUUCACAACGGACAGUCUGCAUAUCGCUGCACUGUGUGCGAGAAGAGCUUCACCCAGUCGGGGGACCUUAAAAAGCACCUGCGCAUUCACACAGGCGAGACUCCCUAUCACUGUACUGACUGUGGAAAGAAAUUCACUCAGUCGGAGCAUCUUAAAAAACACCAGCGCACCCACACAGGAGAGACACCCUAUCACUGUACUGACUGUGGAAAGAGCUUCAGCCAGUCAGGGCAUCUUCAGAAACACCAGCGAAUCCACACGGGAGAGACUCCGUACGCCUGCACUGUGUGUGGGAAGAGAUUCAGCAGGAUGGACACCUUUAAGGUCCACCGCCGGAUACACACAGGAGAGAAACCGUACCACUGUACGGCCUGCGACAAGCGCUUCAGCCACUUAGCAGGACUUAAAGCACACCAGCGGGUUCACACAGCUGAGACGCCCUACUCCUGCAAUGUGUGUGGGAAGAGUUUCAGCCAGUCGGGCACCCUUAGAAGACACCAGCGCAUUCACACAGGCCAGACCCCAUAUCACUGCACUGACUGCGGCCAAAGGUUCACACAGCUGUCCCACCUUAAAUCACACCAGCGCACUCACACCGCGAAAAAGAAGAGCAACCCAUCAGUUUAACAGGUCGCUUUUAUUCCCUUUAAUCUGAGCAGUUCAUUUUCAUAAAAAGAAAAAGUGAACUAAACACAAUGGAAGUACAGUACAUAAGCUUUUCAGACUGACAGCAAAGCUGUCCAUGCAGGUUUGUAGAAAUGUAAAAAUGUAGCAACAAUGACUAAUUUUGCCCACAAGAGGGCGUUGUGGAUAGUCUUUAAUUCUUUAUUAUGCUCCAUGGGAGUUGACGCCUUUUGUUGUGCUGAUUAGCAAUUGACGUCACAAAGAUGCUGCAGAAUGAUGUGUUGAUCUUGGUGUUGUGACUCUUGAUCCCCGGCCGGCUGGCCUGUCAUUGACACACUGUGUCUGGUUAUACGACUCACCAGGUUUGAAAUUGCUUGCUGUGAGCACCCAAGAUGACGAGCCACAAUACGCUGCCUUAGUCCAGCCUCUAACAUGCCGAUUACAUGAAGGCGCUGCUCUCUUGACAGACGUGGCAUAUUUGUUUUUUUCUGUGAUAUUCUUUAUUGCUUUUAUUCAAGC